AUGGAGUUUGAUCUUGAUGACCCUCUGCCACCUUCCAAUGAAAACUUCCCCUCACUGUUUAAAAUGGAGAUUGAUCAAAUGCCCUCCAAGACUUAUUCUCAGGCCUUCACCUCACAAGGUUCUUCUAACCUCUCUGUUCGCCGUGAAAUCGUGGACUCAAUCUCUCGUUUUUCGAGUCAAUUCAACCCGUUUUUGACGUAUCUUGCUGUUAACUACAUGGACCGAUUUCUUUCAACUCGUUCGAUACAGGAUGGAAAACUGUGGAUUUUUCGGCUAGUGGCAAUUGCUUGCGUCUCGUUAGCACUGAAAAUGAGGAAAACAGAGUUCUCUGUUUCUGACCUUAUGCAAGAUGGAGGCUUCAUGUUUGAUUCGGCCACGAUCCAACGGAUGGAAAUGCUUAUUCUCGGAGCUUUAAAAUGGCGCAUGAGAUCUGCAAAUCCAUUUUGUUUUUUGAACUAUUUCAUUACAUUCUUCAGGUCCAACGAUAAGCCUCCUGUCGAGCAAUUGAAGCAAAGGGCCACCGAGAUUAUCUUGAAAGCGCAAAACGACGUCGAAAUGCUCAAGUUCAAGCCGUCAAUUAUCUCAGCUUCGGCCCUUCUGUGUGCCGUUAAUGAUCUGUCCCCAGUUCAGUUCUCAUCCUUUAGAAAUGCUGUUGGCAGCUGUUCUUAUGUAGAUAAGGAGGAUUUUCUGCUGUGUUAUGAACAAAUACAAGAAGUAGCAAGUGAAGGUUACGAGUCGUUGUGGGCCCGGACAUCGAGCUCCUGCACACCGGUUAACGUGCUGGACGUGCACGCUUUGAGCUCUUCGAUUUCAAGCUCGAAAAGCAAAUAA